AUGGACAGGUAUUCCGGGCUGGACGCAGAGCAGAAGGUUGCCUUGCUUGCCCUCCUACGUGCCGCGGCGGAAGCUGAGCUUGACACGGAGGAUGCCCGGGUGAAGUUGUGUGAGUUGCCGGACUUCAAACCCAGGGCCUGCUUCCAAGACAUCCAGGGAAAUAGCGUCAAAGGAUGGAUGAGUGCCAGUGAUCUUCAUCUAUGGUUAUCCUCGCAACCACACCCAGUCGCAGGCUAUAGGCUGGAGGAUGUCUUAUCAGCCAUCAGGCUUCGUACUGGUUCUCUGGACAUCUUCCCAGAGGACUUUAUCCGAAUGACGACCCCGAACUUCCGCUCUGGAGCUUACUUGAAGGAGCUUGCGAUUUCCCGCUCUUUCUUGCCAUACCUCUCCUACGAGCGACCGCUCAAGUACGAGGUGGCAUACCGCCUGAGCCAGCUCUUUCUCUUGGAGCUGGACUUCAUGAGCCGCUUGCGCUUCCAUCAGAAGCGCUUGCGACAGGUGGCAAUCACCGGCGUGAACAUCGUGAAGUUCCUAGACAUGGAAGAGGGCUUUUGUGCAGGCAUGGGAGGCCUUUUGUCGGCGAUGGGCGUGCGCCACGUGUUGUCCAAGGGCGUCGCGGGCUACACUCGGCCGCUGGAGCCCAUGCUUUGUGAUGCCUUGAUGAAGCGUAUCAACCCCACGGAUGCGGCUUUCUUUCCUGCUGACCAUCUAGGGCGACUGAUCGACAUGCCGCUUCCCACGGCUACUCAGUACUACACUUGGGCCGAGCGGAUGGAGCGCAGUCCGCUAACCGACAGCUACAUCUUCCGUUCUACCAGCCCAGCGCGCCUUUCCUUCGAGAGCCCUUUGCUUGAGCCAAGCCCCUCUUCACGGAUCCGACCGGCUUCACCCAGAGCUAUGUCACCCACGCGGCGCAGUAGUCCCUUCAUGGAGCCCUUGAGCCCCAUGAGCCCAGUGACACCCUUGCCGGACUACCUCCAGCCGGACUCCCGACCGCCGCGGCACUUCGGGUCAAGAGAUUGGGAGUCAAAAGACUGGAAAGCCCGAUCGCCCUCCCCGGCUCGUCGACACUAUCUCUCGGAGCUUUCCACCCAGGACCCCGGCUUGUCAUCCUUCGAGAGAAGUCUUGCAGACACCUACGUCUCAUCGCCUGUGCCCUAUUCUCCACGCACUCCGCGUCCGAUGUCUGCAGGCAUUUCUGCUGCUGCAUCCCCUGGCGCUUCUCCAUCUUUGGGAACUCCGUUGCCACGUCGUUCUUUGCACUUCCUGGACACGCAUGAGCAGCGGGCUGUGCAGCAGACGCUGAUCGUGAUGGCUCGGCAAGCCAAGCUGGACUCCAUGGUGGAGGAUGCCAAGACACUUCUUCCGCCCACCUGCACAGUGGAAGAGAUCUUCAACGAGCUGGACAUGAUGCGCAACGGCUACAUCACGCUUCGGGACAUCCGCCGGUUCAUGGCAGGCUUCGGCUUCACGGCCAAGUAUGCCAGCUUCACCGGCCUCGUCAAUGACCUCCAUAUGCGCCGCAAGGUCUUUCAUCAGCAUGCUGUGCGAGGCGCCAAGCCUCUGGAGUGGAGUGGCCUUAGUGCCCUGCUGCCUCCGGAGAGCUUGGACCUGCGCGACACGACAAUGCUUACGUUGCCCUUCACCGGCGAAGGGUGCAAGGCUGUAAUGGCAUGCAACACCGAUGCGGAGGCUGCCUCAGUGCUGUACCUGCUGCGGAAAUCUGUAGCUUGCCCGACCUGCGGCACGCGAGCCCAGCGUGAUGCUGAUGCCGCCGGUUGCCCGAUGGUGACCUGCCCCGUUUGCAGGACCCAGUUCCACUGCCACACCGUGGAAGGAGAUCGGCCGGAGGUUAGUUACCCGCUAACUUCUAGCGCGAAGCACAGUCUGUACCGCCUUUUGGGCACCACGCUGGAGGCAGCUGAAGAGCUGGACUUGGAUCGUCGAGAACUUGCCACUGUGCUCUCUCAAGAGAUUUGUGGGCUGCACGACGUCUUUGGUGCUAUCAGCCCUGGGACAGACAGCUUUACGCAAUCCGACCUCCGGCGCUGCUUUGCUGUCCAGGGCUUGCCUCUACCGCCUGCGGAGCAGUGGGACCUUCUGUGGCAUCGCUACUGUUCUCCCAAUGCUAUCGGCGUGAAUUACUUGGACUUCAAGAACCAGCUGCAGCCAAUGUUUUGA